CGGCAGACUGCCUGCUCAGUCAGGGUUUGGAGGGGUACCACAAGAUGCUGAAUGAAGAAGGAGAAGUGGACUUUCUGUCAGAGCUGGACAAGAGUUACAUUCUGGAAAACGGGAGGGAUGGCUACACAGGUUGUACAUGUUGGUUUAUAUGUUUUUCUAUAUGAUUCUGCUCUUUGCAGCCUGCUGUGCUUGAAAACAAGAUCAUCAGACAGAUUAAUUGGAUGAAAAAUAAAAGGGUUGCUGCUUGUGCUGCUUUUUAUUGAGAUAGUUUUGUGCUUUACACAGACGAUCCUGGUGGAACAGACGAUGACGACAAAGAAUUAGACAAUUUAUCUGCUGGCUCUCAGUCUCCCACAAGCUGCUCUGCAAUGUCAACAGACAGUGAUCCGACUCUGGCAGACUUGGACCCAAGUGGUCUGAAAGAUGUGAAAUCGAGCGAUCGCAUCCUGAAUGACUCCAGGAUUGAAGUUAUUUUCCAGUCUGACAGCAGGGGUGCUGGCAUGAAAGAUCUGGUCAGGCAGUUCAUCAGGAAGGCUAAACUGGCCCUGGCCAUAGUGAUGGACAGCUUCAGUGACGUGGAGCUGCUGUGUGAUCUUCUAGAGGCGAGCAGGAAGAGGAACGUGUCUGUUCAUCUGCUGCUGGAUCGUCUCAACAUGAACCUGUUUACUAACAUGUGGCAGGAGCUCAAACUCAACAGCAAAAACUUCCCUAAGCUGUCGGUACGAAGUGUCCAUGGACAAACGUACUGUUCAAAGACCGGGAGGAAGCUGACGGGUCAGAUUGCUGCGAGUUUUAUCAUCACUGACUGGGCUGAGGUGCUGACUGGUUCAUACAGUUUCUCGUGGCUGUCCUGGCAGGUUCAUCGGAGUCUUGCUGUUCUUAUGAAGGGCAGCACAGUAGCACCUUUCCAUCAGGAAUUCCACCGACUCCACUGCAGCUCCAGACCAGUCGCAGGUUUCGUCACUUUCAUCACUUUGCCACACAGUCUUUUUCUUAAUUCCAGACCACAUGAAGCUCAGAAUAAUAACACUGGCAUCACUAAGCAGAAAUCUAAGCAGACCAAAACAAAUAUGUGCAUCUGGGCUUGGAAUGAAAACCCUGAAAACACUCAGAUAGUUUUAUGCAAUCCAGCGAGCACAGAACGAGAGAGCGGCACAGGUGAUAACCAGCCUGUGCACAGAGCCGACACAGGUUUGCAAACACAGAGCAAAACUCCACAACUGCACCCAAAACCUCUGGCUCAGCUGGGAACACAGUGUAGUGUGCAGCAUGUACCUGUGGAAAAGCCCAAACAUACGGUGGGAGCUCUGUGUACUCAGCCUGAGGCAAGAAGAAAUAUGGAACCUCUGGAGAAGAAUCAAGGCCAGAUCCACUCAAACCCUCCUGAUCAGACCCACUUCUCAUAUGUUCAGUCUCAGCGUGCCAGUAUUACCAUCACCACCACUACCACCGCUGAAAACAAUGCAAGAGUUCAAGUUCCUAGUCCUCUAUGCACCGCCUCCCCGACAUACGGACAGCACAGGACUGUACGCUACCAAUCAACGUUGAUGAAGAAUUCAAGUCUUGAUCACCCAGACGUGGCUACUGAAGGACUUUUCUUUCAGCAAAGGAGCAGAAAUAUACUUCCUACAGGCCUAAACACCCACAAAGGACAGUGGAACUACUCACUAAACUUUAAACCAAAGGUGGAACUUCCAUCUGAUAAUCCCAAACUCCUGACUCCUUCCACAACACAGCAAAAACAAGCAAAUACCAGAAUUCAGUUUCCUUUCAGCAGCCCAAGAGGACACACAUCUGGGCCACAAACCACCUUUUUAGAAAGCAGAAGGCAAGAUCAGCCCCAGAGGCGCUGCCAGUCCCCACUUCAAUCACAUCCUAAUGCAGAUUCCCCAGGUCCAAAGUCAGCAUCAACAGGAAUGGGUAGUCAUCUCAAGCCUCAGCUCCAGACAGACUCCAAACUGUUCAUGUCAGGAGCCAGGAUGCCUCCACAGCCUCAACCCUCCCAGCAGAGGAUCAACUGGACCCCACAAAGUAAUCAAGCUGCGAUGGCCGGAGCUGUGGCUCGUCACAGCUCCUUCAGGAUGGGACAGAAUACAAGAGGACAGCUGGGCUGGAGGCCGUUUCAGAGCAGCAUGAAUUCAUCGCUGGCAAGAAGCAAGAGCAUGACUGACAGACGCACGGCAGGCUUCAGAGGAGCAGGUCUUCAUCAGAACCGGACAUAGAAAAAUACGCACUGUGGAGAAAUGUAGCUCACAAAUAUUCACCCUCACACUGACACUCAAGAGCUGCAAUUAUACAAAACAACACAGUGUUUUCAUCUGUUUGUGUAAAAUAUACAUGUUUGAUAUUCUACUGUAAAGCUCAGAAAAUUAGAUUUGUUGACAAGUUUAUUAUUGUUACAACACAAUAAACUCUUUCUGGAGCAUAA